AUGAGUGGAACCAGGGUACCAGUUGGUGGUGACAAUGUGGUCUACAAGGCUGAAGAUGUUGCCAGUACUAUGCUUGCGAGGGGUUUCACCAUGGGUAAAGACGCCAUUAGCAAUGCGAAAUCUUUCGAUGAGAGGCAUGGAUGCACAUCCACCACCGCCGCCAAGGUGGCCUCCAUCGACAAGAAGAUCGGGCUUAGUGAGAAGUUCACCUUGGGGACUACCAUGGUAAACGAGAAGGUCAAGGAGAUGGACCAGAAGUUCCAGGUCUCUGAUAAGACCAAGUCGACGCUGGCUGCGGCCGAGCAGACAAUGGGCAAUGUCGGGUCUGCCAUCAUGAAGAAUAGGUACGUCUUCACUAGCGCAUCGUGGGUCACCAGCGCGUUUGGCAAGGUCGCCAAGGCCUCCACCGAUGUUGGCACGACGACGAAGGAGAACAUGUCGGCCGAGGACCAGCAGAAGGGCUCUGGGGGCAGCUCAUACACAUCCAUCCGCUGA